AUGUUCACGGAGCUGCGGACCAAGCUGAGCCCCCCGCGGGGCCGCGCCGGGGCCGUGCGCGCGGGCCUCGGGGAGCGCCGCGAUGCGGACGAGGACACUGCCAUCUGCUGGGGGUGCCCCCAGGCAUCGUGCCCACAGGGUCUUCCUGCCCCAGGGGGCCUCCCGGACACAGGGCUGUCCCCAGCAGGUGGCUCCUGUGUGCGGCCUGGCCUGGCCUGUGGCGGCCGGUGGGCAGGAAGGCCAGGGCGCUCCGGACAGCCCCUUGCCUGGCGGAGGCUGGCCAGGGCAAGCCGUGCUCGCCCGUGGGGCAGGAUCUGCUGGGAGGGGGACCGCUGCGCACUGGCCCUGGCGCUGGGGUCCCCCAACAACUCUUGCUUGCACACCACGUCCCUCGUCCUCUGGGGGCUUGGGAGCCCCCACCUGGGAGGAGCUCUCCUUGCGGCGCAGGGAGCUGGUGGAGGGACCACGCCCUGCCCUGGCACCCACUUCCCUUGCUCCGCAGCCGCCACCCACUUCAGCUUCUGCCGCGCGCUCCUGGAGCACACGGUGUCGGCUGAGAGCAUCCCCCGGCCCCUGCCGCGGACCCCGGGCACCAGCCUCACGUGGCACGACCCCCGAAGCCAGCGGGCAGCCGGUAGCCGGCCGGUCAAGCUCCUGCAGCAGCCGGGCACCGAGGCCGCCCAGGGCCGGCUCUGCCCCGACCACGGCGGUCUCUACCACACGAGCCCCUCGCUGGGCAGCCUGACGAGGCCCGUGGUCCUGUGGAGCCAGCAGGACGUCUGCAAGUGGCUCAAGAAGCACUGUCCCCACAACUACCUCGUCUACGUGGAGGCCUUCUCCCAGCACGCCAUCACGGGCCGGGCCCUGCUGCGGCUGGACGCGGAGAAGCUGCGGCGCAUGGGGCUGGCGCAGGAGGCGCAGCGGCAGGAGGUGCUGCAGCAGGUGCUGCGCCUGCAGGUGCGCGAGGAGGGGCGGAGCUUGCAGCUGCUCAGCCAAGCUUCCUUCGGAAAUGCGUCCUAGCCGCCGCCGAGGCUUGGCCCAGACCCCAGCACUGUGAUCGGCGCCCACGGCAAGGACCGGGCGGACCUGGCUGCGCGGCCCCCACACCUGCAGGGGCCCUGGGGCCGGCGCCAAACACAGCCAGGUGGGAUGGGGAGGGUCGUCUCCAGCCACCUCUGCCCAUGCCCUCUGGGCCGUGCCUGGGAUGGGGGCGGCUCACAGGGCAGAGCCGCAGCCCCGGUGCUGGUGCUGCUGGCAGCAUGCAGGCGGUCACCUGGAGCCAGAGCUGGGUUCAGCCGCCCCCCAGACCCCUCCCCGUACCCCCAGGCCUCGUGCCUGCUGAGACACGUCCUCUGGGUGUCCACCCUCUCCCAAGGCGGGUGGCCUGCCUGCCCUCCCUCCGGUCCAGCUCUGCGCCCUCCCUGGCACCCAGAGGCCUAACCACAUGGGUAGGACGAACUGCCCAGACACCCUUUGGAUUGUGCUCCUCUCCUGCUCGGCCCUGCAGCUGCUACAGCGAGGUCUUCGGGCAGCUGCCGGGCGCUUCCGCCCACAGCUCACAGAACCCAGGCCAGAGGGGCCCAGGGGUGCCCCAGUGCCCGAGACCUAGUGGGUGCAAAGGGGCCCGGCUCCGUCAGGUAGGUCUCCAGAUUCACAGAGACCACCUUUGGGGCACAGUCCUGGGUGGGGGUUCCCACUGCCCCUUCCCAGGGGAAGCUGGUGGCGGAGCCCCGUGCCCCCACCCGGCAGCUGGGUCUGUGGGCCAGCUGCAGAGGGACAGGGAGGGCAGCGGGCGGUCAGCUCCUCUGCUUCCUGCUCCCACUGGGGCCGACUCUGGAAACCUUGGGGUGGGCGUGAGGCUGAGUCCCGGCCCGUGCCUGGAGCCACCAGGAGGCUGGUCAGUGCCGCUGGACACCUGGCUUGUGCCCCCACCCAUCUGUCCGCGGGAAGCCCCAUGUCCUGGCGUCCUGUCCGGCUGCCGUGUGGCCCUGCCCAUGGUGCCCACGUGCCAUCCCUCCCCGCGGCCCUUGCUGUCGCUGCUUGUUCCCUCUCCUGUCUUGACCCAACUCUUUGUUCUAUGUCGCUUUUUUAUAUUCUGAGAACAAACAAGACUCCAGAAAUAAACGUGGUUCUUAAG